UUAUUUGGAAAUAAUAUGAUCCUCAUAUGGCAACAUUCAUCAAGUAGCAUAUAAAAGACCCGGGCAUCAGUGGUUUAAAUGCCCGCUAUCGCUGUAAUAUCUUAAUUGCGUCUGGCCGCUCCGAGCAUGCAUCUCUCUCCUGUUGCCAAAAACUUUUUCCAUAUUUUCUUCAUAUUUAUGCUCCCUGAAUCGUAUGUACUUGCCUUUAACAUGACUCGUGACUCCGGCAGCUGGGCAAAGCAACACCCGGACCGGCAGGUGUGGUUCCUGCUCACCGCGGGUGGCAUGGCGGAGGCGGAGCUGCCUCGUGUUCUCCUGCGCCAGUACCCGAACCUUCACGUGGUGGAUGUCGACCUUGAAGACUUGUUCAGAGACAGUCCCCUCGUGCCGCUCUUCACCUCCCGCAAGUGGACUCGAGAGGACACCUGGCCCGUGGAGCUGCUGAGCGAUAUGCUGCGGGUGCUGGUGCUGUGGCGGUGGGGCGGCGCGUACAGCGACACAGACGUGCUCAGUAUUCGGCCCCUCACGCUGCCUAUCAACGCCCUGGGCUUCGAGAAUCCCGGCCUGAUCGGCAGUGCCUUCUACAGCUUCCACGCUCAACACCCAAUGCUCCUGGACUUGAUGGAAGACAUGCAGGAAAAUUUCAAACCCAAGCUGUGGGGAAGCAUUGGACCACUUGCCAUUAGCAGGGUGGUUAAGAAGAUCUGUAAGAAGAACCUAAAGGAAUUAUCAGAAAAGGCCCCAACGAACUGCCCAGGGCAAUUCACACUCUACCCAAGGCGCACCUUCUAUCCAAUUCCUUACGACUCUUAUAGAACAUUCUUUAAACCAGGAGGAGGCAAGGACUUUGACGAGAUAUUCAAGGAGACCUUCACAUUGCACCUCUGGAACAAAAUGAGCAAGGGUACAGAGAUGAAAGUUAACUCCAGCAGCAUAUACGAGGUGGCGGCCAGAAAAGUCUGUCCCUUCACCUUCCAGAUCGUUACAGCAGAGUCAGAUGUUUUCUGAUAUGUUUUUGUAUGUAUAAUUUAGUAAUUUAUUUAUUACAUGCCUCCAUCACAUGUGUAUUUGCUCAUGCAUGAAAAUAUUAAAUUUCUCCAUUCCUAUCUCAUCAGGUCAACACACACACACACACACACACAGCAGUUUGGAAUCCCCAUUUGAAAAAACAUAUAUUAAGAAGAUUGAGAGUACAAAGGGCUGCUAUGCAAUGGGUAGCCAGCCUAAGAGAUUUAACUUAUGAGGAAAGACUGGAGAAGCUGAACCUGCCAACUCUGGAGGAGAUAAGGAAAGGAGACAAUAAGGUUAUAUAAGAGAGAUGUAAAGGAAUAUAUAUCACAUGGGAAAAUAACUUCAAGAGGAGACAGUAGAAAGAUAUUCAAGAAAAGAGGUAAUAAAGAUGUUAGAAAUUUCAGUUUUUCAAAUAGAGCUGUUGAUCAGUGGAAUGCAUUACCAGAUGAAGUUGUGUGUGUGUGUCAACAACAUCCACAGAUUAAAGAUUUGUAUAAUAAAUUGGUUUAAAAAUUGGGACAAUUCGAACCUGCUCAAUCCUUUAAAACUACAGUAAGGUAAGAACACAUGAAUACAUAUACAGGUAACUCUCGAUUUACGCGAGUAUUGUGUCCUUGAAGAGGUCGCGUAAAUCAAAAACAAUGUAAAUCAAACAAGAGUUAGGUUUGUACCUUUAUUGCCUACUGUAUCACUCUGACUCCUCUCCCUCUCGUGGUUCCUCCUCUGGCUGCCCUUACCCUCGUGGUAGCACUGUUGUUGUUGAGUAGCGUGGCAGCGUGGGUACUGUAUUGUUGUUCAAGUGGCGCGCGGGAAGAACUGAGCUCAGCUGUGUGGCCGUGGCGCUGUGUGAGUCCAGUUGCAUGAGACAUCUGGUGGCCACUCCAUAAAAUAUCGCAUAUAAGUGAAAAAAACGUGUAAAUUAAACAUUUAUUUGGAUUUUGGACAUGCGUUAUUUCAAAAACACGUAAACCAAACUCACAUAAAUCGAGAGUUACCUGUAUAAGUUUAAUAAAACAAUGAAAUCA